AUGUACUCCUCAUUCUAUCUUCCUCUACCUUCAUCAAGAAAACAUAACAAGUCACUAUGGCCGGUACCAUGUCUCUACCAAAUCUACUACUGCCAGGGACAAAAAGUCAAACCCCGUGGUGCAACCAUCAACGUCUUCCGACAGAGUGCUAAUGUUCAUUUCUUCUUCAGCAAGGAGAAGGCAGACAGUCUCCAACGGUCCAUGUUGACUGGCUAUAUCUAUGAAACUCGCUCCAGCGAGCUUCCCAUCUCCGAACGGCUGCACCAAAGGGCAAACACUGCCGCAUCCCCGAAGACUACGGACGGCCUGCUCUGGCUCGACAUCUAG